CAAAGUUACUUCCAGUCCCUGCUGUCCCUCCUGCCUUCAGUCUAGACCUGCCCAGGGACCCUGGCAUUCAGCCUCCCCACGCAGAGGUCCCAGGGAGCCCCAGCCAAUUGCUCUCAGCUCCUCAACUAUCUGCCUCCCUCCAGUGGCUUAUGGGGCACUGUCCUGCCCAGUUCUGCUAAGAUGCUCCUGGCCUCUCCCUCCACCCCGUCCAGGGGACGGACCCCCAGCGCCGUGGAGAGGCUGGAGGCCGACAAAGCCAAGUAUGUCAAGACGCACCAGGUGAUAGCGCGACGCCAGGAGCCAGCUCUGCGUGGGGGUCCCAGGCCGCUCACACCGCACCCCUGUAACGAGCUGGGGCCCCCUCCAUCGCCUAGGACGCCCGGGCCCGCCCGCCGGGGCAGUGGCAGGCGGCUGCCAAGGCCUGAUUCCCUCAUCUUCUACCGCCAGAAGCGGGACUGCAAGGCUUCGGUGAACAAAGAGAACGCCAAAGGCCAGGGGCUGGUGCGUCGCCUCUUCCUGGGCGCCCCCCGAGACGUCGCUUCGAGCAGCCCAGGCUCAACGGAGCGACCCGCGGCUCCUGGGGGUUGGGCCGCGCCCCAAGAUGCCCCGGAAGCAGCGGGCAAGCGGGCAUUGUGCCCCACGUGCUCGCUGCCCCUGUCGGAGAAGGAGCGCUUCUUCAACUACUGCGGCCUGGAGCGCGCGCUGGUGGAGGUGCUGGGCGCCGAGCGCUUCUCUCCGCAGAGCUGGGGCGCCGACGCCAGCCCCCAGCCCGGAACGUCGCCGCCGCCCGGCUCCGGGGACGCCAGCGACUGGACGUCCAGCGACGGCGGCGCAGAUCGUCGGGACGGUGCGGAGGGCGGCGGCUCCGAGGCGGCGGGCUCGGCGCGGGACGGGCGCCCCCCGGUGUCGGUGGUGGAGCGCAACGCGCGCGUCAUCCAGUGGCUGUACGGCUGCCAGCGCGCCCGCGGCCCGCCGCGCGAGUCCGAGGUGUGACCGCCGCCGCUCGGGAGCGGGCUCCCGUGGAGUCUGGGGCCCGGGGAAGGGCAAGGGGCGGGCGCGGGGCUGGACCCAGGCACGGCACGGACGCCCUGCCUCUAAACCGCCAGGUGCUUUUGGGCAAACCCUUCCCUCUGGAUCUCUGUUCCGCUCGUGAACCUUGGGAGGAUGGGAGAAAAUGAUCCCGAAGGCCCUUCCCAGCGCAGACGGCGGACGGAGAAGGAGCGGCCUCGUGGCCCCUCGGAGACGGCCGAGGGGCGAGUGAAGACUGGGGUGGGAGAUCAGAGAACCUGCUGGAUAAAGCCAAAAAGUUAU